GUGCGACCGGCCAAUCAUAUUAGACUCGAGCCCUUCGUCACAGCCAAUCGGCUAAGGCGCUGCUCUUCUCGAAAACAUGUCGCCCAUGAAGCUGUGUGUUCCAGGUGACAAGCUAUGCACUGUAGAAGACUGUCUUCCCGGCACCGGAGUAUAUCUUCGGCAUGGCUACAUUUACUCUUCCCUAGCAGGCUAUGUGCUCAAGAAAAACGAGGGAGAGGAGUUACCUGUGAUCUCAGUGGUGAGGGAAACAGAAACACAACUACUACCCGACGUAGGAGCAAUAGUCACCUGUAAGGUGACCAGUAUCAACCCCAGGUUCGCCAAGGUGCACAUCCUUUAUGUAGGCUCAACACCGCUGAAGGACCGCUUCAGAGGAACAAUCAGAAAAGAAGAUGUGCGUGCAACAGAGAAAGACAAGGUGGAAAUAUACAAAAGCUUCAGACCUGGCGACAUCGUCUUGGCAAAAGUGAUCUCCCUUGGUGACGUGCAGUCUAACUACCUGUUGACAACAGCAGAGAACGAACUGGGGGUGGUGGUGGCACACAGUGAAGCAGGUGUCCAGAUGGUUCCCAUCAGCUGGUGUGAGAUGCAGUGCCCACGGACGCACAGCAAAGAGUUUCGCAAAGUGGCCCGCGUGCAGCCAGAGUACCUGCAGGCAUGAGACAACUUCUAUCUUUCACAAGGAACACACAGCUUCCCCUCCCUCUUUCACUCACCGUCAUUAAGUAGCCUCCCACCUCGUUUCAGAUGUUCUGAGAGACUUGACGACGUGCAUAUCCGUUGGCUACUUCUUUCAUGUCUUUUUAAAUAGUUUUCCAUCUGCACAUUGUGUCAUCUGAUUGUGCCAGCUUGAAAAUACUGAAACAGGGUCAGACCAAGCUAUCAGGACUUAUUCUAAACAAUGUAGCAACUGUUGUAAAGACAAUUUUAACUAAAGUGAGUGCAUGUGCCAGCCUUCCAAUUGCCUGAUAGUAACCUGAUUAGAACAGUGUGACUCCGUUCACUCAGGAUGUUACGUGGCAGCUGCAGAGCUUGUGAUCACUAUGACGCUAAAAGCAUAGAAGAAUGUUGCACCUAGUCAAAAAAGGCCUUUUUCACAGAUGCAGCAUACUCGGUUUUGCUAAUGAGUAUAAUGGCCUUAUCAUUAGGACACCUGAAGGAUGAAGCAGUUUGCAUUUUGACUGCAUUUUGAACCAGAGAGAUUUAAAGGGCAGUGGCUGAAUUUGGUUUGACAUAAUGAGGACUCACAUAGCAAUGCUGCACUUUAAACUUCUCAUGCGUGUCA